AUGGACUUAAUACGUGCUGUCUCAACAAACUCAUAUGAUCGGGGGGAUCUCUCUUUCAUUAUCAUUUCUGGGGCGAUGGUCUCUUUUAUGAUACCUGGGCUGGCCUUUCUUUAUUCCGGCCUGUCCCGGCGCAAAAGUGCUCUUUCACUGAUAUGGGCUGUAUCGGCAAGUAACGCUGUCGUCGUCUUCCAGUGGUUCCUUUGGGGUUAUUCCUUGGGUUUUUCACCCACCGCCACCAGUGGUUUUAUUGGAAACCUAAGAAAUUUCGGCCUCAUGAAAGUAUUGGGAGAACCAUCUCCGGGAACACCGCUGCUCCCCGACAUCCUAUACAGUUUUUUUCAGAUGGAGUUUGCUUGCGUCACGGCAGGCAUUUUAGUAGGGGGAGUCGCUGAGCGUGGCAGAGUCAUGCCUGCAUCAGCAAAACCUGGGUGA